CCCGCUGUCGUGCCAGGUGACUCGUUGCCCGCUGUCGUGCCAGGUGACUCGUUGCCCGCUGUCGUGCCAGGUGACUCGUUGCCCGCUGUCGUGCCAGGUGACUCGUUGCCCGCUGUCGUGCCAGAUGACUCUGUGCCCGCUGUCGUGCCAGAUGACCCGGUGCCCGCUGUCGUGCCAGAUGACCCGGUGCCCGCUGUUGAGCUUGGUGACCCGAUGCCUGCUGUCAUGCCAGAUGACUCGGUGCCCGCUGUCGAGCUUGAUGGCUCAGUGCCCGCUGACAUGCCAGAUGACUCGGUGCCCGCUGUCGAG